GAUUUGCCCAUCUGUGAUGGCUGUGAACCUGCCUGAUGCUGGGGGCUGUUCGGCAGGGCUGGCUCAGGUGCUGUGGCUGCCUCUGAAGUGGACCUCUCCUGUGUGACUGUGGAUGUGUGUGGCUCAUGGCCCCCUUCCUCAGAGCUGGGCACCAGGGACGGCCACUGCCUCGUGUAGUGACCAUGGUGCUGCCUGUGAGGGUGUCACCUCUGUUUUGUAUGUGACGUCUAUGUUUCCUGCAGUGCCCUUGGAGCUGCACCCCACGGGGAUGUCAGUCCUGCUGUGGUACCCCUGGGCUUGGAGCUACACCCUGUGGGGAUGGCAGUCCUGCUGUGGUACCCCCGGACUGGGAGCUGCACCCCACGGGGAUGUCAGUCCUGCUGUGGUACCCUGGCCCUUCCCUUCCCAUGUACUCACAGUGCCUCCAGCCGCUGUCUGCACAGGCAGCACUCUCAGGGCUGGUUUUCCCCCAGAAAGCUGCUGUUUGGGAAGGCCCUGCUCAGAGCAUCCUGCUGACCCCCCUCUGGCAGUGGGACCCCACUGGCAGCCCCAGUGACCCCAGCACCGUGGGGAAAGCAGCAGCACCCGCUGUGUUUGUGCAUCUCUGGCCAGGUGCCAGCACCAACCACGGCCAGGCUGGGAGGCUGGUGGCCUGAGAUGCUGCUGUCCCAGGCCACCUCCCAGCCCAUGGCAGCCCCUCAGCGCAGUCCUGGGAGGAGACCUGUCCCAGAGACAGGUCACCCAAGGCUUUCCCAUGGGUGGAUGCCACCCCACGGGGACCGAGUUUAAUGUUUCUCCAGACAAAGCCUUAUCAGCAACCUUUAGCCGUGUUUGCUCAGACCCUCUGGCCAUUGGGCAGCCAGGCCCGAGCCCCAGGACAAGGGGCUGGUGCUGGCUCAGCACAUACUGCCAGCGGGGUGGCAGAGCACGUCUGGCAGCCAGAGCCCAGCCAUGGAGGCCAGUGAUGACCCCGAGGAGCCCCCGCUGCCCCUGCCACUGACCAGGUUUCAAGUCUCUGAGGAGUUUGGCUUCCUGCUUCCUGAUCCUCUGGUAGGACUUGGCUGUGCCUCCCCAUCCGUGUGCCACAGGAGGCAGACAGGAAAACAGAGGGGUUGACAGAGCUGCCUGUGCCCUACAGCCCCUGGAUGGACAUGGCCCGGGAGCUGCCCCAGCUGAUCACCAGCCAUCGGCUGCGCUCCCGCGUUCAGCAGGGUUUCCCUGGCAGAUGCCGCAGCUGAGCACCCAGCACCUCCGAGGGCGUGAGGAGCUGCACUUGGCACACCUGGUGCUCAGCUUCAUCACCAUGGGCUACGUCUGGCAGGAGGGCGAGGAGGGCACCGUGCAGGUCCUGCCCCGAAACCUCGCCGUCCCCUUCUGGGAGGUCUCCCAGGCCCUGGGCCUCCCGCCCAUCCUCAGCCACGCAGAUUUUGUGCUGGCCAACUGGAGGAGGAAGGACCCCAACGGGCCUCUGGAAAUUGAGAACCUGGACACGAUCAUCACACUGCCUGGGGGAGAGAGCCUGCGGGGCUUCAUCCUCGUCACCCUGCUUGUUGAGAAGGCAGCUGUGCCUGGCAUUAAGGCAAUCACACAGGCCCUCGGUGCCGUCGUGCAGGGUGAUGAGGAGACCCUGCACAGAGCCCUGCAGGAGCUGGCAGGGGCCGUCGAGGCCAUGAGUAAGGCGCUGAGGCGGAUGCACGACUAUGUGGAUCCAGAAGUAUUCUACUCUGUGAUCCGGAUCUUUCUCUCUGGCUGGAAGGACAACCCUGCCAUGGCGCACGGGCUCAUCUACGAGGGGGUGUCCCCAGAGCCCAUGGCCUUCUCGGGGGGCAGCGCGGCGCAGAGCACAGUCCUGCACGCCUUCGAUGAGCUCCUGGGGAUCCGCCACCGCGAGGACAGCGCUGCCUUCCUGCGCAGGAUGAGGGAGUACAUGCCCCCGGCGCACAGAGCCUUUGUGGAGCACAUCCAGGGCUCCGUGUCCCUGAGGCAGCUCGUGCUCUCCUCGGGGGACGCGCGGCUCCGUGUCGCCUUCAACCGCUGCGUGUUGGCGCUGGCGGACUUCAGGUCCUACCACAUCACCAUCGUCACCAAGUACAUCUCCGCUGCGGCGGCCAGAGCCAAGGCCAGGCUGGCCUCUGCGGGAAAACCCCCGUCUGCCCUGGAGACUAAAGGAACCGGCGGCUCCCACAUCUUCAGCUUCCUGAAGAGCAUCAGGGACACCACCAGGGAGGGGGUGAUAAGUGCCUGACCCACCCCGAGGGUUGCCCAAAGUGGGCGCAGGAGGCGAAGGGGCUUUGGAUCUGUCUGCAAGGCACAAGCCAAGAGCCAAACCCUCCCAUCAGCAGCAGCUUUCCCACUGUGCACGUCUGGGACACGAGGGACACGCUCGGGGCUGGUGGGAGAGAACAGCGCUGCUGCUGCUGCUGCUGCCUCCCCCCAGCAGGCACACACAGCAUCCUCCCCUGGCAUGGGACGGGCGUGCUGUCCUCCUGUGGCACUGGUGCCAGCACAUCAUCCCCGGGCCCCAGGGAGGAGCUGUGUCCCUCCAAGCCCCAAUUCCUGCCCACUGCACCCCGCCGCGGGGCCACCGCUCGGAUGGACACGGGUGGGUCACACGGGCGAAUAAAGCAGCGAUCGCUGA